UUGAGAAGUUUUGAGUGUGAAGUUUAACAAUUAUUUAUGAAAUCCUCAUAAACCGAAGAGGGCCUAACUACAUCCGUAUUGGCCUGAAAAUAUGGAAAUUCCUGCCAUAAACCUCAAGGCCAUAGUACUGGUGCACUGGCUUCUGACUGUCUGGGGUUGUAUGGCCUGGCUGCCCCCCUCUUAUGCCUGGGGUAACUUCAGUGUCCUGGCUCUGGGUGUGUGGGCCAUCGCUCAGAGGGACUCCAUUGAUGCUGUACUUAUGUUUCUGAUUGGUAUUGCAGUGACGAUACUGACAGACAUCAUCCAUUUUGGGAUCUACUACCUGCUGCCUGAGGGUCUAUCUGAGAGGAACCGGGACACAUUCCGCUUCAGUGCAGGCAUGGCAAUCCUGGGCCUGCUACUCAAACCUGUCUCCUGCUUCAUCUACCAAAUGUACAGAGAGCCCGGAGGAGAUUACAACUUCAACUUUGGUGAGUAUGACUUGGUGUGA